CCAUUAGUAGUUAUUAGUGAAGUAAUUGUGUAAUUCAUCUCUGUGUUUCUUCUAAGAAAGUAUGAGAGAGAAAGUUGUUGGGUGCAAAUUUUAAAAUCACUUUCAUUGAAUUGAUAUGGUGAUGGGUGUGUUGUGUUGUGAGUGAAGCCCCAUUUCCAGCCCAGCCGACCAUGGCACUCCCGUGAGAGGGACAAAAGGGAAAAUAGAUUAAUAAUAGUAAAAGAAUCACCACCCUUAUCCUGCGCACCCUUCCUUCUCUUAUCCUACACCCACCGCUACCUCUGUUCACUCCCUUCCCCUGGUCUCCUCAAUUUCCGAAGGGGACCCCUCCCUUGCAAUGCAGACCUCUAAUCAUAACCGUUUACUGCACGUCGUGGCACUCUCCUCAAAUUUCUGUGACCCCAUUUGUACCUGAUGUUGUUUUCUCACUCUCUAACCGCUUUUUCACGCCCUGAUCUGCUUGGAUUUGGGCUUAUUUUGAUGAAAAAACAAGACCCAUUUGCGUUUAUUAGCUGUGAAUCUCGUAUUCAUUCUCAGUCAGAUCUGGGUCUCUGUAAAGAUAUUUAUUGCAGAGUAAAGGAUCUUUCUUUUUGAGGAGCUGGUGUUAUUCCAUUGAAUUUUGGGGGUGUACAUGAAUGCCAAGGCUGUCAAAUGUGCUUUAGCUAUGUGAAAAAUCGAGUCAAUGUGGUCUAAUUUGUGUUGUGUGGAUGGAUGUAUGUGAGUCAGAGCAAGCAUUGCGGAAGCACACGGCGGUGGGGACCCCAAGACCACCGUUGGUUCCGGCUGAAAAGAACAAUGCAGUCACCACUCGGCGCCUUCGGACGAGGGAAGUUAGUUCCAGGUACAAGUCACCUUCUCCGGCAACGCCUGCCAGUCCCCGGCGUUUCCUUUCUCCAAACGUCACAAGAACAUUGCCUUCUCCAUCAUCCCAUUUGGUACCUAAGAGAGCCGUGUCUGCUGAGAGGAAGCGGCCCUCCACACCCCCUUCUCCAUCUAGGCCGUCCACACCAGUCCAUGAUUCAGCCGUAGAUAUACAAUUGUCAUCCAGAAGGAUAGGGAAUGGUCGGUCACCAGAGAGUUUAUGGCCUUCCACAAUGCGUAGUUUGAGUGUUUCAUUUCAGUCUGAUUCCAUAUCAAUUCCUAUCAGCAAGAAGGAGAAACCAGUUAAUACUUCUUCAGACCGCACUCUGCGGCCGUCAUCGAAUGUGGCACACAAACAGGUGGAAACACCUACUGUUCCAAGAAAACCCACGCCAGAGAGGAAGAGGAGUCCUCUGAAAGGAAAGAAUGCGCCUGAUCAGUCUGAGAAUUCUAGGCCAGUUGAUGGUUUACAUAUUCGACUGACAGAUCAGCAUCGAUGGCCAAGUAGAAUUGGUGGGAAUGUAUCUUCCAAUGCAUUGAGCAAGAGUGUGGAUCUUGGUGACAGGGCAGUCAUCAAGGCUUUAAGUACCCCAGUUCCGGGAAUUGGGUUAUCUUCGAUGAGGAGAAUGGUUGCAUCUAAUGGUAUGGGUAAACCUUUACCAAAGUCUGCUAGUGAUGCUGCGAGGCUAUUAUCAGUUGAUGGAAGUUCUAGAGUAGGAUUUGAGGCAAAUUCAAUUGAUGAUAAUACACUGCGGGUACUUGGACCUCCCAAGUCUGUUUCUACAAGUUUAUCAGAUAGAACAACAUUAAUAACACCUGUAGUUAGAUCUCAAUCUUUGCCUUCUCCUAUAGCACGGCGGCCAUCACCUAGUAGGACCUUAGUGGUGUCAUCUUCUUUUAGUAAAGGUGCCAGUCCAUCUCGGACAAGACCAUCAACUCCUCCUCCUCGAGGGAUUAGUCCAUCUCGGCUUCGGCCAGGCAGUCCUUCUAGUCAAUCCCAUACUACUACUUCUGUGCUCAGUUUUAUUGCGGAUGUUAAAAAAGGAAAAAAGGGGGCAAGCUACAUAGAAGAUGCUCAUCAGCUGAGGCUGCUACACAAUCGAAAUUUGCAAUGGCGAUUUGCAAAUGCCCGGGCAGAGGCUGUACUUUAUAUGCAGAAAGUAUCAACAGAGAGAACUCUAUUUAACGUUUGGAACACUACACUAGAUCUGUGGGAUUCAGUGAUCAGGAAAAGGAUCAAUCUCCAACAGCUGAAGCUAGAGCUUAAGCUGAACUCAGUUUUGAAUGAUCAAAUGGCCUACCUUGACAAUUGGGCUUUACUUGAAAGAGAUCAUAUUGAUUCUUUAUCUGGGGCUGUGGAAGAUUUAGAGGCAAGCACUCUCCGACUUCCAGUAACUGGAGGGGCAUGGGCAGAUAUUGAAUCUUUGAAGGCUGCUAUUUGCUCGGCAGUUGAUGUGAUGCAGGCAAUGGGAUCAUCUAUAUGCUCUUUGCUCUCAAGGGUGGAGGGUUUGAACAGUCUGGUUUAUGAACUUGCUGUCGUGGCAGCACAGGAGAAAGCCACGCUUGAUGAAUGUGAAGCAUUAUUGGCUUCAUUGGCAGCUAUGCAGGUUGAGGAAUACAGCCUUAGGACCCAUCUCAUACAAAUGGAACAAGAUUUGGAGGAGGGUAAGCAGCCAAUCUUGGCAAUCAAGACACCUCCUUGACCAUGACUGCCGCUAAGCUAACAACUUACCGCCUUGUCUCUUCCGCAGAUACGACUUGCCGUCUUGUCUGUUUGGUUCAUUGCGAAUGUAAAUUUAUUUAUUUCUUUUUUCUUUUUUAAUCUUCGAUGAGAAUUUUUAUUGCGUUCUCUC